CAUGCAUCGAGCAGCACCCUCGCGUGUUCGUUUGUUUCCAUGGUUUACCAGAGAAAUGUUUUUAUUGUUUGUAAUUUAUGUUUGUUAAUAUGUCAUAGACGGGAGAAGUCGUUGUCGGCCUCAAAUUACGAGUACGGAAAACAUGGAGAUCUCGCGCCACUUCCGGCGGAAUGAAUCGUUGAAUUUUCUUGUUACACAACGUCUUUGGCGACACUCGUGUUGUGUAAAGCUUUUUUGUCAGAGCCAUGAUCAUUCCGUGUGAGGUUUGGGAGGAUGAGCAGUUCGACCAGCGGGAUAUAUUUGUAAUUUGACCAAAGCUGUAACCUUCAUCUCGUCCAACAAAAAUGCCUGAGGGACCAGAGCUCCACCUCGCCAGCCUCUACGUGAACAAAAUGUGCGAUGGAGUGGUUUUUACUGGACCAGUCAGAAAAUCUGAGGUCAGCAAAAGUCCUGAUGUGCCCUUCACCUGUGAGGCCUACCGCAUCACAGCUGCUUCCAGAGGGAAGGAAGUGAAGCUCACGCUGACGCCCGUCAAGAGUGAUGCUCCUAAACAGAGGGUGAAAGCAGGACAGGCAGCCCUACCCAUGGACAUCGUCUUUCGCUUUGGGAUGUCCGGUUAUUUCCGCUUCACCUCAGAGGAUGAGGUUCCCAAACAUGCCCAUUUGCGUUUUCAUUCCAAAGAGAAGCCCUGCAGAGUGCUGAGCUUUGUGGAUACACGUAGGUUUGGCAGCUGGCAGCCCAAUGGGACAUGGCAGCCUGUCAGAGGGCCCUGCAUCAUGUUCGAUUACAAAAGCUUCAGGGAGAAUGUUGUGUCUCAUCUGUCUGACCGAGCCUUUGACAGGCCCAUCUGUGAAGUUCUCCUCAAUCAGAAAUACUUCAAUGGCAUCGGCAACUACCUGAGGGCUGAAAUCCUUUACAGGUUGAACAUUCCGCCCUUCGUGCCAGCCAGGACCGCCCUGGAAGGCCUUGGUUCAGAAGAUGUAUACGAGAGUGACAAGCAUGUGAAACAAGAGAUUGAGCACUCGAAGACAUCAGACACAACAAAAAGGAAAGUGGUGAAAGAGGAGAUGGGCGACCUGCUCAGACUCUGUCAUACAGUACCACUGGAGGUGGUGCACCUAGGUGGAAAGGGCUAUGACCCCGAGAAGGCAGACUACUCUGACUUUAAGGCGUGGCUUAAGUGUUACUAUGUGGAUGGAAUGAAGUCCAUCCGAGAUCAUAAUGGGAGAACUAUGUGGUUCACAGGAGAUCCAGGCCCCAUGGCACCUAAAGAUUCAAAGUCAAAGAAGGCAAAAAAGAGAACAAAGACAGAUGACGACCACGAUUACACAAACAAGAAAAAGUUGACCAGGAGUCGCUCUGAAGGCACCGCAAAGAAAAAGGAGGUGAAAAAGGAAAUUGUGACCAAUACACCAAAGAAAGACAAAGUCGUCUGUUCAAAGGAAGCCAGGCCCAAGAGGAUACAGCCUGCAAAAGUAAACAGACCUCGGCGUGAAAUAAGUUCGACUGCACGUAGCCGGAAGAGCAGCAGUGUUGAGUCAACAGAAGGGUCACAGAGGCGGAGCAGCAGAGUUACCAGACAGAGCAGCAAAUAACAAUUUACCAUUUUAUAUAUUUUAAAUAAAACCAUGUUUCUACCCACA